UAAGUUUUUGCAAUUCGGAUGGUUAGAUAUCGUCCUUGUAAAUCGCAAACUGAGAAGCAGAGUCUCCACCGCCGUCUCCGAUUGUUGAGUUGCGCAAUCGAAUUUCAUUUCUAGAACAUCUCAUCUAAGUGGUUAAAUAUGUGAAAUCCGGACAAAUUCACCUUCAUCUAUUGCGAAAGAAGCUUCUGGACUAAAUCAUUAAGUGCUUGAUAAGUUGAGAAUGAGGAAAUUGAGAUGGGUAAGGGACGAUGAUGGGUUGUGGGAUUUGGACCGCUCGACUCCGGCCACCCUCAAUGGCAUUGCCCGACCCGUACCCAGUGACCCGAUCCCAUCGGUCCUUGGAUUGUCCAGAGGGAUUCGCCUUUCAAGACCCAAACAGGUGGACUUCUUUCAGCGCUUCAUGUUUAUGCCCUUUGUCCCUUCCUACUCCCUUCAUACUCCUCAUCCUCAAUCUCCUCCCGGUUUUUCUCUUCAACGUGUUUUCUCAUUACCUACUUUCGCCCUUGAUCGCUGGUUUGGAACAGUGCUUGGUCAGUUUAAUCUACAAAAGUUGGUGUCUGGUAUCAAGAAAAACGGGUUCAGGCAACCUACACGCCAAUCUCCAUGGUUCCAAAGCGUUGCCGAGCAUCUCAGCGAUAAGUCUUUGUACGCCGUUGAUCUCUGCUCCGAGUUCUACCUAACACCUGAUGAUUCUCUUCUUUUAAGCUUAGAAUCUUACGGUUAUGAUGACUACAAGACACCUCGAAAAAAAGCAGUUUUUCAUCACAAGUUCCCAUGUCAUAAUCUAACUCUCGAAGCAGCUUCUCCGGGACUUUUUGUUGACAAGGAUGGGACUUUCUACGAUGUUCCGUUGACCAUGGCAGUUGAUUUGGCAUCGGUUUCUUCUUCCGAUAGUGGCCCAAGUUACCACAUCUGCAUCAACCAUAAUGCCGGACCACCGAAGAAAAUCGGGAGCCAGCAAAACGACGAUGCGACGGUCGCCUCUUUACAGCCUGGUUUGUCUGCAACAACUGCGUUUUCUUUCAAAAAUAGCAUUGACGUAUGGAGAAGUCGAGCGCCAAAGUUAAAAAUGGUGCAACCGUACGAUAUAUUCCUCUCCAAUCCUCAUAUUUCAGCAACAGGAAUCAUUGGAUGUGUGAUGACUGCAUGUUUUGGAGAUAAUUCAGUUAGAGCGCCACGUGGCGAUGGUUCUAAAGGCUUUGGUCUUGGUGUAAGGAGGGGAAACUGUGCUUUAUUAGCUGAUUCAUUUGCGACGGUUUCACUAUCUGCACAGCACGGAACUUUCCAGAAGAUGUUCCUUGAUCUAACUCGUUUUCAGGCCGUCCUCGAUUUCCCCUCUGGUUCAACUUUUUUUUCGGGUGCUGCUUCUUUGGCAAAUGACGUAUAUAAUUCUCGAGCACCUAAUCUACAAGCAAUUCAGGAUAUUUGUCCAAAUACCACCCUUUCGCUUCACCAGCAGCUAGUUGGACCUUUCAGCUUGAGGGUUGAUUCUGGAGUAGAGUUGGAUUUCAAAAAAGGUGAGAGUGAGAGGGUUCUGAAGGUGAAGGAUCCUGUGUUUGCAGUAGAAUAUGCAUUACAAGUUCUUGGUUCUGCAAAAGCAGUUGCAUGGUACUCACCGAGGCAGCAAGAGUUCAUGAUGGAGCUUCGUUUUUUCGAGACCUGAGUCAUAUGGUUGUUGAUUUAAUCGAACAUGCAUUCUACCUGACUUUGUAGAACAUGCCUGACUGAAUGCAACGCAACAGACGUUGAUUACAUGUCAUUAUGCAAGUAUUUAACAUAAAUCUUGACGUUAA